AUGGCCAACAUCAUUCUUUCCAAGGAAAUGCGUAAAGCUUUUGAGGAUGAAUCCACAGAACAACAAAGGACCAGGCUGUUAAUCAUUGCCACAGUUUCUGGAAUCAUCUCAACCAUUGAGUCUGGGUAUAAAAUCCCAGAAUUAUCAGAUAUGAAAAUCAUGGUCUCUGAGUGUAUAAAAAGCCAGCAGAAGCUCUCCAGAAGCAAUCCUGAAGACACCAUGGCCAAGUUCAUUCUUGUCGCAGAAUUCUGUAGCUGUCCUGAAGACAUCAUAGCCAAGCUCAUUGUUGUCACAGGUCUGGCAAUUCUUCUGAAUGUACAGCUGGGAUCUACCUACCAGCUGAUGUGCUACUAUACCAGUUGGGCGAAGGACAGGCCAACAGAAGGGAGUUUCAAACCUGGUAAUAUUGACCCCUGCCUGUGUACUCACCUGAUCUAUGCCUUUGCUGGGAUGAAGAAUAAUGAGAUCACUUACACAAGUGAGCAAGACUUGCGGGACUAUGAAGCAUUAAAUGGUCUGAAAGACAGGAACACUGAGCUAAAAACUCUCCUGGCCAUUGGAGGAUGGAAGUUUGGACCUGCCCCGUUCAGUUCCAUGGUCUCUACUCCUCAGACCCGUCAGACAUUCAUUAAGUCCGUUAUCAGAUUCCUCCGUCAAUAUAAAUUUGAUGGCCUCAACCUGGACUGGCAGUACCCUGGGUCUCGAGGAAGCCCUCCUAAGGACAAACAUCUCUUCAGUGUUCUGGUGCAGGAAAUGCGUAAAGCUUUUGAGGAAGAAUCCGUGGAGAAAGACAUUCCAAGGCUGCUACUCACUUCCACAGGAGCAGGAAUCAUAGACAUAAUCCAGUCUGGUUACAAAAUCCCUGCUGCUUGUGGACGUUGUACAUCGUCUCUUGACUAUAUUCAGGUCAUGACAUAUGAUCUCCAUGAUUCCAGGGAUGGCUACACUGGGGAAAAUAGUCCCCUCUAUAAAUCGCCAUAUGACAUUGGAAAGAGUGCUGAUCUCAAUGUGGAUUCAAUUAUUACCUACUGGAAGGACCAUGGAGCAGCUUCUGAGAAGCUCAUUUUGGGAUUUCCAGCAUAUGGGCAUACCUUUACCCUGAGUGACCCUUCUAAGAAUGGAAUAGGUGCCCCUACUGUUAGUGCUGGACCACCAGGAAAGUACACAAAUGAACAAGGACUCCUGGCUUACUUUGAGAUUUGUACAUUUCUGAAUGAAGGAGCCACUGAGAUCUUUGAUGCCACCCAGGAAGUACCCUAUGCCUAUGUGGGUAAUGAGUGGAUUGGUUAUGACAAUGUGAGGAGCUUCAAUUUGAAGGCUCAGUGGCUCAAGGACAACAAUUUAGGAGGUGCUGUGGUCUGGCCCCUGGACAAGGAUGACUUCAGUGGUUCUUUCUGUCACCAGGGACGUUUCCCUCUGACAUCUACUUUAAAGAGAGAUCUCAAUAUACACAGUGCAAGUUGCAAGGCCCCUUAUCGAGGGGAGCUUUAG